AUGGAUAAGCCUUGGAUGCAUAUUGAUGAUAGAUUGCAUUCCCGUGAGUAUGAAGAAGGUGUUAGACAAUUCCUCGCUAUGGCUGUAGCACACACUACAACCACUGAUCAGAUUAGGUAUCCAUAUAGAAGAUGUCGGAAUAGAGCUUUCUACUCCAUUCGUACUGUCGAAGAUCAUUUGUUCCUUAGAGGGUUUGAUCCAACUUAUCAAACCUGGAUAUUCCAUGGAGAAGAUGAUCCUUUCCUUUCCACUCCUUUGUCUGAUGAAGAACAAGAUAACACCAGAGAUUUCAGUGAAUACCCAGAUGAUCUGGACGAGAUGUUAGAUGACAUUCGUCAUGGCUCGUAUAUGGGAAGUGACUGGCAACGGGACAGAGAUGUAAACGUGGAUGAUCAACCAUCCACCUCUAAUUCUCAAUCAAACUUUACUUUCAAGGAGUUGGUCGCUGAUGCACGACGUCCACUUUAUCCUUCAUGUAAGCAGUUCUCGAAGUUGUCAUUCAUCGUCAAGCUGCUUCACAUCAAGAGCAUUGGUAGUUGGACCGUGAAGAGCUUUGAUAUGGUCAUAAAGCUUUUGCAAGAGGCAUUUCCGGAAGCUCUAUUCCCUGAUUCAUAUGUCGAUGCCCGUCGCUUGGAGCGUGGCUUGGGGUUUAGUUACGAAAAGAUACAUGUGUGCCCGAAUGAUUGUGCUUUGUUUUGGAAGGAAAAUGCCACCUACAAUGAAUGCCCUAAGUGUCAAGCUUCUAGGUGGGAGGAAAGCACAAGUCCCGCUCGAAGGAUACCGAAAAAAGUCCUCCGAUAUUUUCCGCUGAAGCCUCGGUUGCAGAGGCUAUAUAUGUCAAAGAAGACAUCCCAGGCCAUGAGAUGGCAUGUAGAAGGACGUGUUGACGAUCCAACAUGCAUGCGACAUCCAUCGGAUUCUAGGGUUUGGAAGGACUUUGAUAUAAAACAUCAUAUGUUUUCCCAAGAUCCUCAGAAUGUUAGACUUGGUUUGGCCAGUGAUGGGUUUAAUCCUUUCAAUAACAUGAGUAGACCAUACAGCAUUUGGCCUGUACUACUUGUACCUUACAACUUGCCCCCAUGGUCAUGCAUGAAAGAUCCAUACACCAUGUUGUCAUUGCUAAUCCCUGGGCUUAAGUCACCAGGUAAUGAUAUUGAUGUGUUCUUGCGUCCUCUCAUCGAUGAGUUGAAGGAGUUAUGGGAAGAGGGUGUUCGUACCUAUGAUGCAUACAGUGGGCAAAACUUUACACUGCAUGCAGUUCUACUUUGGACUAUCAAUGAUUUCCCUGCAUACGCCAAUCUUUCCGAAUGGAGCACAAAAGGCAAGAUGGGCACACAUGGAGAUGCAAAAAAAAAUGCAUUUAAUGGGUUUGAAGAGCACAGACUCCAACCAUCAAGAGUCGAUGGAAACGAAUUGCUUGAACAACUAAGUCUGAUAUCACAUGUUGAGUUUGGUAAAUCUACUUCAAAGAGGAAACGAACGCCCAAUCAGCUAAAUUGGACCAAAAAAUCCAUAUUUUUUGAACUUCCCUAUUGGUUAUCCUUGGGUUUGAGACAUAACCUGGAUAAUAUGCAUAUUGAGAAAAACAUAUGCGAUAACGUCUUGGGAACAUUAUUGAAUAUUGAAGCAAAAACUAAGGACUCUGCCAAUGCGCGUAGGGAUUUGGCAAACCUUGGAAUAAGGAAAGAGUUGCACUUACAACAUAUGGGCGAUCGUGUAACUAUGGGCCCUGGUUGCUACAUGUUAAAUGGAAAUGAGCGAAAUGAUUUUUGUGCAUGGUUGUCAAAAGUUAAAUUCCCUGAUGGGUUUGCCUCGAAUAUAGGCCGUUGUGUAAAUGCCAAUGACGGAAAGAUCAGUGGAAUGAAGAGCCAUGACUGUCAUGUCUUUUUGCAAGCACUGCUACCGGUUGUGAUUGGUGGGUUCUUACGAGCCGAUGUGCGACAAGCAUUGAUAGAGUUGAGUGGCUUCUUCAAAGAGUUAUGUUCCCGGACUUUGAACAUAUCUGUAUUGGAUCGUCUUAAAGCUAAUAUCCCUAUCAUUCUAUGCAAACUAGAAAUGAUAUUCCCUCCAGCUUUUUUUGAUAUAAUGCUGCACCUUUCUAUUCACUUGCCAGAGGAGGCUCUACUAGCAGGACCCGUGCAAUACAGAUGGAUGUAUCCUUUUGAGAGGUAUCUAGGGAAAUUCAAGCGUUACGUCCGCAACAGAGCACGUCCUGAAGGCUCAAUUGCUGAGGCAUAUGUGCAUCUCGAGUGCCUAACAUUUUGCUCAAUGUACCUCCAUGAUAUAGAAACGAAAUUUAAUCGGGACGAACGCAAUAGUGAUGUACUUAUUGGAGAAGUUGAGACGGGAAAUGCGGAAAGCUUAUCUAUUUUCUCACAAAAGGUUAGACCAUUGGGGACACCGCACUCGCACAUAUUACCCGACUCACUUUUGAGCAAGGCCCGAUGGUAUGUACUUAAUAAUUGCCCAGAGGUUGAUCAAUACAUUGAGUAA